UUUUUGUUUCACUUUCUUUUUUACAGAACAACGAACAUCGAAGGUGUCGUCACGAUGAAUGGACGCGAACGUAAUUUGAGUAUUUUCCGCAAAUUAUCCGCUUACAUUAUGCAGGAUAAUCAAUUGCAUGGCAAUUUAACCGUUCAGGAGGCGAUGACUGUAGCAACGAAUUUGAAAUUGAGCAAGAAAUUCACAAAGGCGGAGAAGAACUCAAUGGUAGGUGUCAAAUGAUUUUUUUUUUUGUAAUUAU